UACAACGUAUUGCAAACCGGGUAAUGAGGAAGACCUGCAAUGUUUGGAUGGGAACUACAGCAAAAAUGAUUUGAAGAUAUUGGUGGUCUACUAAAUGCCCAUUGUACUGAUAUCGCUUCAGUAUGGAGAAAAAGAAGUUUGUUGUCAACUUAGAUGACUCGGUGUUCACUAAAGAAAGAUCGCCGGUGCCCUCCCUGUUCAAAGCAUCUGGUGCCAACGUCCCCAAAGAUGGCCCAGGCCCCUCAGCACCCAAACCAGCCGGUCAGGAGCUGUCUUACGCACAGUUUGUCAUGCAGAGAAAAGGUGGAGCGACGUCAGUGCAGGGAGGGGGGACAUCAGUGGGUGGCCAAGCGGCGGGGGGGCUGUCCGCACGACUCCCUUCCCCACCACAGAGGAACCAGGGGCCCACAGGAACAGUGCAGGGGAGGGGACAAGGACCACCAGGCCAGACCACUGCAGAGGGGCGGGGGCAGAACGUUGCAGAGGGUCGGGGCCAGAACACUGAAGAGACUAUGGAGGGCACUGGGAGUUUAGCUGCCGAAGGAACAGUUCAAGAGGAAGUGAAGACAGCAGGUGGAGAGCAGAGGACAGAGGGGGUUCAGACAUCAGAUGGAGAGAGGACAACAGAGGGUAAAGGGCCCAGUGUAGCGUCUUACCUCUUGGGAUCAGGAAGCAGCAUCAUCGUCAGCCCCAGACAGAGAGGAAAUCCUAUUUUGAAGUUUGUGAGGAGCGUACCGUGGGAAUUUGGAGAUGUCGUCCCCGAUUAUGUCAUGGGAAGGACCACCUGUGCCCUGUUUCUCAGUCUGCGUUAUCAUAACCUGAACCCCAACUACAUCCAUGAGCGGCUGAAGUUGCUUGGCAACAGCUUUGCCCUACGGGUGCUGCUAGUGCAGGUGGACAUGAAAGAUCCCCAUCAUGCUCUGAAGGAGUUGGCGCGUAUCUGCAUCAUGGCUGACUGUACUCUCAUCCUGGCAUGGAGUCCAGAGGAGGCUGGUCGAUAUCUGGAGACGUAUAAAUCGUAUGAGAAGAAGCCGGCUGACACACUCAAGGAGCAGGUGCAGAAGGAUUACCUGUCCAAGGUGACGGAUUGUUUGACCUCUGUGAAGUCAGUGAAUAAGACCAAUGCCAUCACACUCCUCUCGACCUUCCAAUCUAUGGAAGGCAUCAUGAAGGCGUCUAAAGAAGAGCUUGUGCUGUGCCCUGGCCUCGGCCCUCUAAAGGCCAGACGGCUCCAUGACGUGCUCCACCAGCCUUUCCUCAAGUCUGCCAAGAAGGACAGCUGACGCGCGCACGCGCACACACACACACACACACACACACACACACACACACACACACUGUGUAAUAAGAUACAUUUUUUUGCAAUUUGUAUUUGUCUUAAUAAACU